CUUCUCGCCCGAGCUGCAAUGGCGGAGGUCGGUCGUGAUUUAAGAGCCGGUGUUUUUGUUUUUAAAAGCUAUUAUGUUUUAAAUGUAACAGAGAAUCUGUGUGUGCGGUUCACUCCGACAUUAAAUAACAAGAGUGUAUUUAAAGACGAUGAAGAAAUAGUUAGGAAACGUUGUUUAGAGGAGCCGGUGAAGCACCGCAGUGACAGUAAACAGAACGAAUCAAAACAAUCCCCAGUCUUCUAUACGUUCGCUCAGGAUUCGACUCAUUUGAAUCGGUUCGGUUCUGUUCGGUUCAUCGGUACCAGCAGAAAUGCUCCUGUAUGCUCCCAUCACCCCGGACUGUGCAGGACUUUCAGUACAUUACAGUCACCGAGAGAGGAACCGCAGAGUUCUGCUCACACCGUGUUCACAAGCCGGUCUCACAGCUACAGCACGAACGGUAAACCGGACACCCCGCUGUACCGGACCAGAACCGCAUAUUAUGAUAUUCUACAGGUUUCCCCAAACGCCACUCAAGCCCAGAUCAAGACUGCGUAUUAUCGGCAGAGCUUUCGGUACCAUCCCGACAAGAACGCAGGCAGCGACGAGGCCGUGCGCCGAUUUACAGAGAUCAGUGAAGCCUACACAGUUCUGGGCAGUGUAAGCCUGAGGAGAAAGUACGAUCGGGGUAUACUGAGCCUGUCUGACCUUCAGAGCGCCGGUAGACCCUCGACCCGCAAAGACAAAGCACCUCCUCGAACCACGGCCAGCUCCGAAAAGCACAAGCAGAGAUUCUCGGGCACGAACUCGACGACAGGAAGUGGAAAGACGAUGUUUGACUUUGAUGCAUUUUACCGCGCACACUAUGGUGAGCAGCUGGAGAGGGAGAAGGUUAUGCGCCGGUGGAGAGAGUUACGCAGGCAGAGCCAGCAGGAGAAUUUCCAGAAGUGGAAGAUGGAGAAGCUGACGGAGAUAACGAUCACUGCUAUGCUUGCUCUAGGGAUCGCCAUUCUGUUCAGCCUAAAAUCCUGAGAUUACACUAAACUCCUAACUUAUUAAUUACACCUAAUAAACGUACUACAGCAUGUAGCGGACUUACAAAUGUGACCAUAUACAGUCCAAGCAAUUGAGGUUUAAGGGCCUUACUCAAGGGCCCGAUAGUGGCAACCUGGUAGAUGUGGAGCUUGAAGCUAAGCUACCUGUCAUUGUUUCCAUUUUAUGAACUUUGAUUGCUCAUAGCAGGUACACUUACUACCUAAGUGCACUUUAGAGGUACUCUGUAUGGCCAGAAAUAUUCCAAAACCAUGUGCAGCUAUAACAGGCUUUACUCUUCUGACAGGGCUUUUCACAUGAAAUUGGAAUGUUUGGAAAUUCAUGAGGAUUUUUCAACUCAUCAUCAAGGUGUUCAGUGGUGUUGGUCAGCCCACACAAGCUCGCAGAGGAGGACAAUCAUACUUAAAACAGAAAGACUUCACCCAGCUGUUGCAUAUCAUUAGUUUUAAGUAACUGAUUUUAUACACCUGUUAGGAAUUGGUGUGAUUAUUAGAUGUGUCUACAUUUUAUUGGCCACAUUUGAUUUCUGACAGUAACCCAUCAGUUUGUGAUGAGAACAAUAAAUUAAUCUGAAGGUGCUAGUA